CUGCCGACGCCCGUGUUCGCCUGUUCCUGUUUUGCGUGCAUAAAUAAUCGGUGGCUCGAUCGGCGUACUCGUGCAUCUCUCUCUCCGAGCAUCAUCCCGUGGGGUGCGAUGGCGGCGAAGGAGCGACUGGACACCAUCCGCAAGCACCUCCAAGGAGCCGGCAACGAGUCCGGCGACGAUGCACGCUCCCAGGACGGCGGUGCCGCGGCGAAGGGCGUCUGCCCGCCGGUGGCCAGGACCACCACGAUUCCAAGACGAAGGCAGGAGUUGCUGAAGUGGAAUGGCUGGGGAUACAAGGACUCCAAGUUUGUGGUCGACGGCACCACACAUCAUAUUUCCUUCACAGGCGACAGGUACAAGAUUGGAAACAAGGUGCUGCCUCACUUCAGGGCCUGGGUCGAGUCGGCGUUGGGCGUCGACCUCAACGUCCUCAUGCCGGCUCAGCCACCCCCUUCGGACCAGGAGCUUCCGCCCCCUAUCAUCAACGAGGCGUUCCUUGAGGACGUUCGUCGCGCCGGAAUUUCCUACUCGGCCGAUGGCCAGGACAGGCUCUUCAGGGCACACGGUCACACCAUGCGGGAGAUCUUCAUCCUGCGUGAGGGCUCCUUCGCUCGAAUUCCCGACUUGGUUGUCUGGCCACUGUGCCACGAAGACGUCGUCAGCCUGGUGUCCCUGGCUUCGCAGCACAAUGUUGUCCUCAUUCCAUUUGGAGGUGGCACGAGCGUGUCGGGCGCCCUCGAAUGCCCAGCCACAGAGACAAGGAUGAUCGUUUCACUGGACACCUCUCAGAUGAACCGCAUCCUGUGGGUUGACAAGGUGAACAUGACUGCAAACAUCGAGGCUGGUAUCAUUGGCCAGGACCUAGAGAGACAGCUAGCAGAGCACGGCCUAUGUACGGGCCACGAGCCAGACUCGUACGAGUUCAGCUCGCUAGGUGGCUGGGUGGCAACACGGGCAUCCGGCAUGAAGAAGAACGUGUAUGGCAACAUUGAGGACCUGGUGGUGCACGUGCGGCUAGUCACACCCAGCGGCACGGUUGAGCGCAGCUGCCAGGUGCCCCGGAUCUCUAGUGGGCCCGACGUGCACCACUUCGUGCUCGGCUCAGAAGGCACCCUGGGUGUGGUGACACAGGUGGUGCUCAAGGUGCGGCCGCUUCCACAGUGCCAACGCUACGGCUCCAUCGUCUUCCCCACAUUUGAGCCGGGUGUUGCCUUCCUGCAGGAGAUCACCCGACAGAACAUUCGGCCAGCCUCCAUACGUCUCAUGGACAAUCAGCAGUUUGUCUUCGGGCAAGCACUCAAGCCCGAGGCAUCUUCCCUCUUGGCACCACUGUGGGACGGCUUCAAGAAGUUCUACGUGACGCGCAUCAAGGGCUUCAACCCAGAGCAGAUCUGCGUCACCACUCUGCUCUUCGAAGGCAACAAGCAGGACGUUGACACACAAGAGAGGCGAGUGUACGAGAUUGCGGCCAAAUAUGGUGGCUUGGCCGCUGGUGAAGAAAACGGCAUGCGGGGAUACAUGUUGACUUUUGUCAUCGCAUACAUCAGGGACUUGGGCCUGGACUUCAGCGUCAUUGCCGAAUCGUUCGAGACAUCAGUACCAUGGGACAGGGUGGUGGAUCUGUGUCGCAACGUCAAGGAUGUCAUCAUGCGAGAGUCACGGAAUCACGGAGUGUCACUGCCCCCACUGGCCUCGUGUCGCGUGACACAGACGUACGACGCGGGAGCCUGUGUCUACUUCUACUUCGCCUUCAACUACUCGGGCGUCGCCGACCCCGUGCACGCAUAUGAGGAGAUUGAGGCUGCAGCAAGAGAAGAGAUCCUGGCAUGUGGAGGCAGCAUUUCCCACCACCAUGGAGUUGGCAAGAUCCGGAAGCGCUGGCUGGAGCAGACAAUAUCAAGCACGGGCUUGCAGAUGCUCCGCGCCGUGAAGCAAAGUGUCGACCCACAGAACAUCUUCGCCAGUGGCAAUCUGGCGAUGUGAAUUCAACGAACAAACGGACUCUGCUUCUUCUUCUUCCAGGGGGCAUUUUCGCAGAAGGCUCACACUAGGGGGGGGCCAACAUAAUCGCCGGCACAGCCGCCGGGCUGGGAUGCCGAGCUGGGACACCAGCUUAUCGUGACAAUUUUGUAAAGGGCAUUAGGGUGAACUCUCAGUUGAGUAAUGUCACAAGGAAACAGACAGAACAAAGUGACCAGCGGGAAAAGGACGAGUGAUGGAGUAGAUUUCACCAGUGCAUCUUGGUGCAGUUCUGUUAAAAAGUGCCGUUGUGUUGUGGCAUUCCUGGUGCGAGUGACGGCGUGUGCCAUUACUUGUGACGCUGGCCCAGUUGGCCAGAAAUUCGGCCCGCAGCACUCCGCCUGUCUACAGCAGCUACAAUGGCAUGCCUUGUUGCCAAGCAACUGCGACACACAUACUGAGGGCAACUACCGCAGUGCACGUGCUCCGAGAUUGCUUCUUUUUUGUACAUCUCAUUGGUGUAACAUCUAUCAGUGAGUGCACAGAUUGCAUUCUGGAAUAAAUUAAGCAUGGUUUGACAUUUUAUAUAGAUGCAACUGGCGUCCAAGAAUGUCAUAUGUCCCUGGUCACAUUCAUCGUGUUGGCACAGCAGACUUGUACAGUCCUCGCAUCGAUGCAGUGUCACCACAGCCAGCUUGUGCAUUCGUGCUAACUUUGAGUAUUAUAAGGGAGCCUUUAGCAUGAUUGGCUGUAAAUAUAAACACAAACCACACAAGGAAACAUGGACAGGUCAAGCGCACACUACCAGCUGAAUAAUUUCUAUUUGAACAUAUGAUUGACAACUCAAUAUUGUUUCAUGGCUUAGAGAAUAACAAUGCUUGGUCACUGUGCUGCUGCUUGUUUUCUUUUACCUCCUGUCUCUGCAAGUGCACUGCAAAGUGUGCCAGUGUAUGUAUUUCAAUGCAAAGCCAAUAUUAAACAUGAUUGAUAGUUUUCCGGUUGUCCUGUUCGUGUUCCGUUUCCUGGUUUGUGUUUAUGUGUACGGGCACGCUAGCAACAUGGUGAAGUUCCUUUUUCUUUGAUCAAGUCUCUUGUGGUGCACGAAAAAUGAGGAAAGUUCACAAGCGAUGCACCCAAGAAUCGGGUGGAUUAUGUCAAAGUUUCAACGGGUCAUCACUAGACCCGUUGAAGGCUCGUAAAACUGGCAUUUACAUCAAUGAACAUUGUGGCUUUACUUGCUGCUUAGAUGCUGUCAAAUUUUAAAAUUGCUCCAUGUUGUCAGAUUUUGUUACGUUGGCGUUUUGGGCCUCUUGUAGUUGGACAUAGCAACCCUUUCAGCCAAUCGGAACUUGCAAGAUGGCAGAUCUGACGAUACAUAGGUAUGGGCACCACAGCUGCUUUCUUUGGCCAGUUUCUGCCAUAUUUUCAACUUCU